AGAGAAGAAAAACAAAUUAGUUACAGAAAUGACGAAUUGGAUCACGCUUUAUCUUAGUGCGAACCACUGAUCCCAUGCAUCACUCUCCUCUUUCCACGUGUCAUCCUCUGACGUCAGACCAGAUUCCUCUUCUCUUUUUUUUUUUAAAUAUAUAUGAGCAUUUUAGCAAGUACUGCGUGCCCAAUCUCUUGCACAAAAAUCGAAAGCACGAUGGAUCACGCGGCGGAUGCUCACCGGACGGAUUUGAUGACGAUAACAAGGUUUGUGUUGAAUGAACAGACGAAGCACCCUGAAUCCCGUGGAGACUUCAGUAUUUUGCUCAGUCACAUUGUUCUUGGCUGCAAGUUCGUAUGCACUGCUGUUAACAAGGCAGGUUUGGCUAAACUCCUAGGACUUGCUGGUGAGACUAAUGUGCAGGGAGAAGAUCAAAAGAAACUUGAUGUACUCUCAAAUGAAGUGUUUAUCAAGGCUUUGGUUAGCAGUGGCCGAACAUGCAUUCUUGUCUCUGAAGAAGAUGAAGAGGCCACAUUUGUGGAGCCAGCUAACCGUGGAAAAUACUGUGUAGUUUUUGAUCCUCUGGAUGGAUCAUCGAACAUCGAUUGUGGUGUUUCUAUUGGAACGAUCUUUGGGAUUUACAUGAUCAAAGACGGUCAUGAACCAACACUAGAUGAUGUCUUGCAACCUGGGAUGAACAUGUUAGCUGCUGGUUACUGCAUGUAUGGAAGUUCUUGUACGCUAGUUUUGAGCACUGGAUCUGGAGUUAAUGGUUUUACCCUUGAUCCCUCUCUUGGCGAGUUCAUCCUAACUCAUGCUGACAUCAAGAUUCCUAAGAAAGGGAAGAUUUAUUCAGUGAAUGAAGGAAAUGCCAAGAACUGGGAUGGUCCAACAUCCAAAUAUGUGCAGAACUGCAAGUAUCCCGCUGAUGGUUCUUCACCUAAAUCUUUGAGAUAUAUUGGAAGUAUGGUUGCUGAUGUUCAUCGUACAUUACUCUAUGGAGGCAUCUUCUUGUACCCCGGAGAUAAGAAAAGCCCCAACGGGAAGCUGAGGGUUCUCUAUGAAGUAUUUCCCAUGUCAUUUCUGAUGGAACAAGCAGGAGGUCAAGCAUUUACUGGGAAGCAACGGGCACUUGACUUAGUUCCAGAGAAGAUACACGAACGCUCUCCUAUAUUUCUUGGUAGUUAUGAUGACGUUGAGGAGAUCAAGAAUCUCUACGCUGCUGAAGAGCAAAACUGAUAGAUGUAUCUAUACCAUGUAAUCACUUCACUACUCUUGCUGGUGCAGAUAUCAAAUUUCUCAAAUUAGAGCAAGUUGUUACUGUUUAUGUUGCACAAUAGCUGCUGUGACGCGAUAAUACGUUCACAUUACUGGCUUGUUCUAACUUUUUUCUUGAAGUAUCCUUUUCUCAUCAACAAUAAAAUGUUGAAUAGAGAAGUUCUGGCUUAUUAUUGCUCAUUUUAAUUCAAAGUUCUUUUGUAAUGUCAUCCAUUUAGAAUCAAGCCAAUCUUUUCUGCUAGAUGUUGUCUGGUUCUCAUUGCAUUGUUAUCUUUCAUAGGUUGUUGACUAACAUCUAUAUAAAUGAUAUCACUGGCUUCUUGUGAAAUUCUUGAUAAUGGAAUUCAAAGA